CAACUCUGUCUUUCUCAAGAAUGAACCUGUGAGUGUGCAUAUUCUAAACUUGGAAAACGAGUCCAACGAUUGAAUUAGUCGAUAUUUCCAACAAAGAAGCUUAUGGGGGAUUGGGUGUGAUUUGGAUUUUUAUCUGGUAAAUUAAAACGGUUUUAUCGUCACAUUUUUUCGAGAUUGAAGCAUCAAUCAUUCCUACUGUUUGCUCAGACACACCGGACCGCGGGCAGGAUGUAAUCGCAUUCCACGAUUAUUCUGGAUCUUUGUUGUUGCACUGGGAGAAACAUUCUGCUCACGGGUCAGGUCGAAUGGGAUUGUAAGCGUCAACGCGUGUGGGAUGCACACUGCAUGGAGCAUUCUGGCUGAUUGCCCGGAAAGUGAAACAUGCUUGUGAUGAAUGCUGCCCAGUUAAUGAAUCACUGUAACAGUAUCGACAGUUGGCCAACGGUUUCCUAUGCGUUGCACCUCUGAUAUUUCCACGCCAAUGUUUUGUGUUUGUUGAUGUGGAUGCGUGGGAUUCCGAUCGAUCUUUCGUAUUUGAUGCCGUUGAGUGAAAUUCCCUUGGUUGUCCACACCGAUCUCAGCGAUGCAAUGGAGAUGUUAUUAUUCCUGUUCGAUGGUUCCUUACUUGAUAUUUUACAUAAUAUUGAUAGAGGUGGCACAGGGGAUCCCGUUAGACCGCUUUGUACGGCAUUAUGAAACUUUGUCGUAUGAUCAUCAAGCGCUUCAUGCUCGAGCUCGACGCUCCAUAAAGGAUGAUGCUGCAGAGGUUGAGUUCAAGUUCAAAUCUCAUCAACGGGAUUUCCAUUUGAAAUUACAUCCGGAUAACUCAGCGUUUACUGCCGACCAUGUGAUUACCGAUGGAAGAGGACGGGCGAUCAGCGUUGACACUUCCUUCUUGUUUGAUGGAAAUGUUGUCGGUGUAAAUGAUUCGACUGUUCAUGGUGCCAUUAAGCAAGGAGUAUUUGAAGGAAAAAUUUAUCUCGACAAUGAUACGUUUAUUGUGGAAUCUGCCAACAAAUAUUUCAAAGGACCAAAGAGCUUUCAUUCCGUGAUAUAUUCCGAAAGGAAUGUUUUGAUUCCUUCCAUCGCUGGUAAUAUUUCCGUGCCGCAUGAAGCGCACAGUGGCUCAUGCGGCUUAUCGGAUCCAGUCCGAGAUUGGAUGCGCUCAGUGCAGAAUUCCGCUGAACCCGCCAUCGAUCCAGCCAUACCGGAGAAUGAAGUGUGGAUAUCGCCGGCGGACAAGUAUUCCCGGGCAAGAAACGUCAAUAGUACGCGGAGAAAACGAGACGCUCCAGCGGACACUGACAAGAACCGACUAUGCAAUUUGUACAUUCAAACUGACAAGUUCCUUUGGGAUGCCGUGUAUGAGCGAGAAAAAGAUGACCAACGGACACGGGAAGAAAUUCUGGCCAUCAUUUCUAGUCACAUUAAGGCCAUAACGCGGAUUUAUGGCAAUCACAAAUUUGGUGAUAUUGUUGGGAUCCAGUUUGCCGUUCAGCGCACAACGAUCAAUGACAGUAGCAGCUGUGCCAGUGAGGAUCGCAAUCCGUUUUGCCAGAAAUACCUUGAUGUCUCCAAUCUGCUCAAUUAUAAUUCCAUGAUGGACCAUUCGAGUUUCUGUUUGGCCUUCUUGUUUACCUACCGGGAUUUUUCUGGCGGCACUUUAGGAUUGGCAUGGGUGGCGUCGGCAAAUGGCCCAUCUGGUGGAAUUUGUGAAAAUUACAAGAAAUAUACGGAGACGGUCGGUGGCAAGCGCGUGCAAACAGCCAAAAGCCUAAAUACCGGUGUAAUAACCUUCGUCAAUUACGGUAAUCGGGUGCCGCCGACGGUGUCUCACCUUACACUCGCCCACGAGAUUGGUCACAAUUUUGGAGCCGCGCAUGAUCCACCCAAUGCACUGUGCCAGCCAAAUGGCGCUGCCGGGAAUUACAUCAUGUAUCCGAGCGCAACGAACGGCGAUCGACCCAACAAUGACAAAUUCAGUCCGUGCAGUAUUGAGAAUAUGACGGCGGUGCUCAAAGCCGUCUUGACGCAGAUGAACGGCAAACGGAACUGUUUUGUCCCGAAUGACUUGGCUUACUGUGGAAAUAAAAUCUACGAGAAAGGAGAGGAUUGCGACUGUGGAUACAAUGUGGACGAGUGCAAGGAAAAAUGUUGUUAUCCCCGCCAGAUUGAAGAUCAGUGGGUGAAAGAGCGCGCCAAGCCAUGCACACUGCGCUAUUCGCCAGAGUUAGCCCGCCACUACGACUGCAGUCCUUCACAAGGACCGUGCUGCACCAACGACUGCACUUUCACGGCGCACGGUACCGAGAUCCCUCAGCAGUGCCGAGAGGCCACCGAGUGCACUGAAGCGGCCCAGUGUCGUCCCGAUAAUGCCACUUGCCCGGCGCCCGUGCCCAAACCCGAUAUUACUCCCUGUGAUAAUAAUUCCAAAGUCUGCAAGGGAGGAGAAUGUAAUGCCUCCAUUUGUUUGUUGUUCGGCAUGGAACAAUGUUUUUUAACCGAGGAUAAGGUGCCUCGGAACAGGGAAGGGAAGGAAGCCAUGUGCUUCGUUGCUUGCCAGUUCAAAGAUCGACCGGAAAGUUGUCAAAGUACCAGAGAUAAAAGUUUUCCAGUCAGGAACGCGUAUAACGUUACCAUUAACGGUGGCAUUCGACUGCGCCCAGGUGCGCCGUGCAACAACUUCCGAGGAUAUUGUGAUAUUUUCUAUCGUUGUCGACGGGUGGAUGGUGAUGGUCCAUUGCGACGGUUGACCAACAAUUUAUUUAGUCAGGAAGCACUCGAAAGUGCUGGUGCUUGGGUUACGACAAAUUGGUGGGCUGUCAUGUUAAUGGGAAUCGCCUUGAUUGUUGUUAUGGGAUGCUUUAUCAAGUGUUGCGCCGUGCACACCCCGAGUUCCAACCCGAAGAAGCGUCCAGCACGACGGUUAGCUGAUGAUUGGCAUUCGAUCAGUUCCACCCUGCGCAGAACUCGUCGUUCGCGGCCUGACGGUGUCCGGCAUCAUCGCGACCGCGUUCCUAGACACCGUGACCCCCGCCAUGGACGCGGAGGUAACCGCCGCCGCAGCCAGCCUCCUGCCGAAGCCAGCGCCCCGGUCGAUGCCACGACGACAUCGGCAGCCAUUCCCCUGGUGCAAGUGCACGAAGCGCCGCCUCCCUAUAGUGAGGUGAUCUCCGAAACCAACCACCCACCCUUGCCCAUCCCGCCUAAUAAAAACGGCGGACCACCGCGCGGCCAUCGCAAGAACCGUAAAGGUGCGGGCCCGUCGUCUUCCGCCGCUGUUCCCCCUCUCAGCAAUGCUCACCGCUCAUCGGACCAACCGAGUUCCUCACAGGUACCCCCGCCGCUGCCUGGACGGAACCCGCAUUAUGUGAAGAAGGAUCAAAAUGGCAGGAAAAAGUGAAGAGAUUUGUACGCUUUUGUAUUAUCCCGUGUUUGGUGUGUAUGGAUGGGAAUUUGGAUGAAUCUGUUGUGGACUCUGUUGUCCGUAUAUUGAUCAAUGUGGAUAUAGCUUUUAUUGUUGUGUUGUUGGUUUGUUUUGUUAUUGUGUCGCCUCGCUUUUACCCGUAAUAGAUACCCGUGCCAUAAUACGCACUUCCUCUGACCUUAAUUUUGAUUUUGGUCUGUUUUGAUUGUGUCAUUUUGCGCUGUUAACCUUUGAGCAAGAGAAUUCACGAUUUAUGAUCGCUUGCCGCAUGAAAUAAAAAACCCGCAAAUUU